AUGGCGCCUCUCAAGCUCGACAGCAAAACCCUCUCGCAAAUCUCGACCUCAGGUAAAGGACAGAUCAAGGUCCCAACCUACCAGCGCGAUGGCGCUGUCAAGGAAGGAAUCGUUCAUGUUGGUGUUGGCGGCUUUCAUCGCGCCCAUUUGGCCGUCUAUGUCGACCAAUUGAUGCAGAAUCACGGCGUUACCGACUACGCAAUUUGUGGUGUUGGCUUGCAGCCAUUCGACGCAACCAUGCGUGACGUCUUGGGCUCGCAGGACAGUCUCUACACCGUGAUUGAACGUUCAGCCAGUGGAAGCGUUGCCCAUGUUGUUGGCAGCAUUAACUCCUACCUCUUUGCACCGGAUGAUCGCGAGGCUGUGGUUGCCAAGAUGGCUCACCCAGAUACGCAUAUUGUCUCGCUCACCAUCACCGAAAGCGGUUACUACUACAACGAGAACACACACGAGUUGCAAAGCGAACAUCCCGACAUUCAGUUCGACCUCGACUCCGCCAACGAAAAGGCACCCCGCACCACUUUCGGCUUCCUCUACGCCGCCCUGGUACGACGCCACAAACAAGGCCUAAAGCCUUUCACCGUCAUGUCGUGCGACAACAUGCAGAAGAACGGCUCUAUCACACGUCACAUGCUCGAGUCGUUUGCGCGCCUAAAGAACCCCGAGAUUGCAAAGUGGAUUGCUGAGCAAGGCGCGUUCCCUAAUGCCAUGGUCGACCGUAUCACACCUCAGACAUCAGCCACCGACAAAAUAGCACUCUCAGAGAACUUUGGCAUUGAGGACCAAUGGCCAGUCGUCACGGAGCCUUUCAUGCAGUGGGUUAUCGAGGACAAAUUCUCUGACGGCCGCCCGCCAUUUGAGAAGGUCGGUGUCCAGGUUGUUAAGAAUGUCCACGACGUCGAGCAGUUCGAGAAGCAUAAACUGCGUCUUCUUAACGGUAGCCACUCAGCUAUAGGCUAUCCAGGUCAACUAGCAGGCUUCAAAUACGUCCAUGAGGUUAUGGAAAACCCGUUAUUCCGCAAGUUCGUGUGGCAGAUGAUGCAGGAGGAGGUGAAGCCACUCUUGCCUGAUAUUCCAGGUGUCAAUAUUGAUGAGUACUGCAACACGCUUAUCAACCGUUUCUCCAACCCCACAAUAAUGGAUCAGCUGCCUCGCAUCUGCCUCAACGCUUCUGGCAAGAUUCCUCAAUUUAUCAUGCCGUCGAUUGCCGAGGCGAUUUGGGUUACUGGCCCGUUCCGGCGCUUGUGCUUCGUCGCAGCUGCUUGGUUCCACUACAUCAACGGCGUCGACGACAGCGGUAAGGCGUUCAACGUUGAUGAUCCCAUGCGUGAGGAGCUUCAAGCCAAGGCUCGCGCAGGAGGGACUAACCCGGCCGAGCUACUCAGCAUUAAGAAUUUGUUUGGUGACGACUUGCGUAACGACAAGAGAUUCGUCAAUGAGCUCACUAUCGCUAUGGAGGACAUUGCCCGGGACGGCAUUUUGAAGACACUUCCUAAGUACAUUGACUAA